CCAAAAACACCCUCCAAAUCACCAACAGGCCACGAAGCUAGCCAAAACAACUCUCCCUUGACAAUCUGUUUCCACCAGCGGACCAAGGCACUUCGUUUCCUUAACCACUACACGACCUCAGCCAAUCCCACACACACACUCAGUUCGAUUCGUGUCGUCAACCAUCAAACAAAAUGUCUGUUGAAGCUGCAACCGCCCAAAUGGCAAACACCACCCUUAACGAGCCUACCGGCACUGCGGAAGGCGCCAGUGUCGGAGCUGGCGGCGACAAGCCCAUUAACGCAUCUCAGAAUGAGGCUGUCAUUGCUAGCGCCGCUGAGGGCAGAAGACUGUACAUCGGAAACCUCGCAUACGCGACCACCGAGGGAGAGUUGAAGGAGUUCUUCCAGGACUACCUUGUCGAGACCACUUCGAUUCCCACCAACCCCCGCACUACUCGCCCAGUCGGAUACGCCUUUGUUGACGUGUCCACUCCUACUGAGGCCGAGCGUGCCAUCAACGACCUCAACGGAAAGACCAUCCUCGAUCGCAAGGUCUCUGUUCAGCUUGCCCGCAAGCCAGAGCCAGCCGCCGAGAAGACAGCUACAACUGGAGAGAAUGGAGAGGCCGGCGAGGGCCAACAGCGCCGCCGCUCCUCCACUCGAGGACGUGGUCGCGGACGUGGACGUGGUGGUCGUGCCGCCCGUGGAGGCCGCAAGGGCGAGACCAACGGCGAGACCACCGAGUCCGCCACCGAUGGUCCUACCAACGUGCCAGCCGCCGUCAACCCACUCACGCAGACCACUAACGAGGCUCUGACUGGACAAGAAGGCGAGGAAGGCACCAUCACUAUUGAUGGCAAGCAGGGCAAGCCUCGCGCACCACGCGAGCCACGCAAGCAGCGCGGACCACCAGAGGAUGGCGUCCCAAGCAAGACGAAAAUCAUGGUCGCUAACCUGCCAUACGACCUGCGCGAGGAGAAGCUACUCGAAAUCUUCGCCGACUAUCAGCCAACUUCCGCGAAAAUUGCCCUCCGACCGAUCCCCAAGUUCAUGGUCCGCAAGCUCCAGGCACGCAACGAGCCUCGCAAGGGUCGUGGCUUUGGUUUUGUGACGCUUGCUAGCACCGAGCUUCAGCAGAAGGCCUGCGACGACAUGAACGGCAAGGAGAUUGAGGGUCGCGAAAUCGCCGUUAAGGUCGCGAUUGAUAGCCCAGGCAAGGAGGAUGAGGAUCCGAACGCGCCUAUCGGAGAGACUGGUGUGGACGCAGAGCCCUCCACCGCUGAGGGAUCCGCCAACGUCAACACUGCCACCGCAUAAGGGCCAGAGAAAUAUGAUCGAGCCUGCAUUCCGCUCCGUUACACUAAACUUCUCUGCGUCGUCUAUGCAGCAUUUUGGCUAUCUGGUAUGGACAUUCGCUGCACAGAUUCUGCGCGCGCACAUUCAGCUGCGUCCGGGACGAAUGACAGGUAGUAAGAUGGAUUACGCUCAAUAUUGACAUCGAUAUGACAUCGGAUGCCUAUGGAGUUUAUGCCCUUCUGAAAUUGUACUUCGAUGUAGUUUUAGAUACGAAUAAGCUGGGGCAACCUGGACUGCCUCAACCAUGC